UUUCGUUGCAAGUACCGACACAGCGGAAUCUUAAAGUAGAAGUAAAAUAAUAAAUAAUUUAUAACAAAGGAAAAUGUCUUUAGCUGAUGAACUUCUUGCCGAUCUUGAAGAAAAUGACGACGCGGACGCUAUUAUGGAAGAGCCAGAACCGAAGUUUAUUCCGACUUCAGUUUCUAAGAUCUUGGAAGAAGAGAUAAAAGUGUCCUCUGUUCGAGAAUUGGCUCAGUUACGAGAUUCGGAACAAUUGCAGCAAGUUAUAACACAGAUUGAAAAGCAUAGCAAGAUACCUAGGAAGUCGACGGAUAUUAUAGGACCUGUGGAAUCUGAUCCAGAAUAUCAGUUAAUAGUUGAAGCUAAUAAUAUGGCAGUAAAAAUUAACAAUGAAAUAGCUGUUAUACAUAGAUUUACAAGAGACAAGUACUCGAAAAGAUUUCCAGAAUUGGAAUCCUUAGUUGUAGGACCACUAGAAUAUGUAAUGACUGUAAGGGAGUUGGGAAAUGAUCUAGACAGAGCUAAAAAUAAUGAAAUUCUGCAGCAGUUUCUUACUCAAGCUACAAUUAUGGUUGUUUCUGUGACAGCAUCGACCACUCAAGGUCAGUUGUUGACAGAAGAGGAGAGAGAAGCUAUUUGUGAAGCUUGUGAUAUGGCGGUAGAGUUAAAUAAUUGUAAAUCAAAAAUAUUUGAAUACGUGGAGAGCAGAAUGGCGUUUAUUGCGCCAAAUUUAUCGAUAAUCGUUGGUGCAUCCACAGCUGCCAAGAUUAUGGGUGUCGCAGGUGGUCUGACAAAGCUUUCUAAAAUGCCAGCUUGUAAUCUUCUAGUCCUUGGAUCUCAGAAGACCACACUCUCUGGAUUUUCGCAAGUUGCUACCUUGCCUCACACAGGCUUUAUAUAUUACUCUGAAAUUGUACAAGAAACUCCCCCGGAUUUACGGAGAAAAGCAGCAAGACUAGUGGCAUCAAAGAGCAUGCUAGCUGCUAGAGUAGACGCUUGUCACGAGAGCACAGAUGGUCACAUUGGGCAGAUGCUGCGCGAAGAGAUCGAGAAAAAACUAGAUAAACUGCAAGAACCACCGCCUGUAAAGUUCGUGAAGCCACUCCCAAAACCGAUUGAUCCUGGUCGAAAGAAGCGCGGCGGUAAACGCGUCCGCAAGAUGAAGGAACGUUACGCGAUCACGGAAUUUAGGAAGCAUGCCAACAGGAUGAAUUUUGCAGAUAUUGAAAGUGAUGCCUACCAAGAAGAUCUUGGCUAUUCGCGAGGGACGAUUGGCAAGGCUGGCACUGGUCGAAUCAGACUGCCGCAGAUUGACGAGAAAACAAAAGUCAGAAUAUCCAAGACACUCCAGAAAAAUCUGCAGAAGCAGCAGCAAUGGGGAGGUAGCACCACCGUCAAGAAACAAGUCUCUGGUACUGCUUCCAGCGUGGCUUUUACUCCUUUACAAGGUCUUGAAAUUGUCAAUCCGCAAGCUGCAGAGAAAAAAGUGAACGAGGCGAAUGCAAAGUACUUUUCCAAUACAGCUGGUUUUCUAAAAGUCAAGAAAACGUAAAUGUAUAUUGCAAAUAAAUGUGGGAAGUUGUAUAUUCAAUAUUGACUGUAAGUAUUAAUUGUUUAAUUUAUUGAGCAGAGUUGAAAUAUGGAUGGAUAAUAAUCGACUACUAAAUAAAAAAUGUACCUGUGAUCUUGCAAACGAUUACGAAUCUGCAA